UGUUUUUGUUGUUGUUGUUGUGAUAAUAUGUAUUAUAACAUUAUACAUGACAUUUAUAUUUGUCUGUUGAUACUUUAAUUAUUAACGAGAUUAACGAUUAAGUUCGAUCAUUUUGUAUUUUAAUGCUAAUCCAUUAUAUGAAUUAUUCAAUAUUCGAUAAUACGUUAAAUACGUCGUAUGGUAAUUUUUAUCAUCGAUUAGAAAAGUGUUUUUUUCAGGAUAAAAAAGAGUUUAAAAUUAUUUGGAAGAAAUUAUUAAUAAUAAGAAUUCUAUUCUGAUUGUGUGGAAUAAUGAUUUGGAGAUGCAGUAAAUUGCGAGGAUACAUGGAAACCAUGUUUGUCAUAUAUCGAUGAACAAUUUCGUCAAUAUUUCACCGACGAGAGUGGAUUAAAUAGAAAAAAUAUUCAAGAUAAUAGGGUACAUUGUUGUUUAUAUUUUAUACCACCAUACGGUCAUGGUUUACGACAAUUAGAUCUCGAAGUAUUACGACGAUUACAUAGAAAAGUUAAUGUUGUUCCUGUUAUUGCAAAAGCCGAUACAUUAACAACCCAGGAAGUUAAAAAAUUGAAGGAACGAAUUCUCGCGGAUAUUGAGGAACACGAAAUUCAGUCGAGAAUCCAAAGCACAGCGACUUUGUGAAACUUCGAACAAUGCUGAUAUCGACGCAUAUGCAAGAUCUUAAGGAUGUUACUCAAGAUGUACAUUACGAGAAUUUUCGGGCCCAAUGCAUUUCACAAAUAUCACAACAAGCAAUACGGGAACGGAG